GGGCGAGCAGCCGAGGAGGGCGGCGCGGGGGCCGCGACCCCGGCCACGAUGAGCUGCACCAUCGAGAAGAUCCUGACGGACGCCAAGACGCUGCUGGAGAGGCUGCGGGAGCACGACGCGGCGGCCGAGUCGCUGGUGGACCAGUCGGCGGCGCUGCACCGGCGGGUGGCCGCUAUGCGGGAGGCGGGGACGGCGCUGCCGGAGCAGUAUCAAGAGGAUGCAUCCGAUAUAAAGGACAUGUCCAAAUACAAACCUCACAUUCUGCUGUCCCAAGAGAAUACACAGAUUAGAGACUUGCAGCAGGAAAACAGAGAGCUAUGGGUUUCCUUGGAAGAACAUCAGGAUGCUUUGGAACUCAUCAUGAGCAAGUACCGGAAGCAGAUGUUACAGUUAAUGGUUGCUAAAAAAGCAGUGGAUGCUGAACCAGUCCUGAAAGCUCACCAGUCUCACUCCGCAGAAAUUGAGAGUCAGAUUGACAGAAUCUGUGAAAUGGGAGAAGUGAUGAGGAAAGCGGUUCAGGUGGAUGAUGACCAGUUUUGUAAAAUUCAGGAAAAACUAGCCCAAUUAGAGCUUGAAAACAAGGAACUGCGAGAAUUGUUGUCCAUCAGCAGUGAGUCUCUUCAGGUCAGGGAGGAAAACUCCAUGGAUACUGUUUCCCAGGCAAUCAAAUAACUGAACUUCUGAAUGGCUGCUGGAGACUGUCCAGCAGGAACAAAGAAAGAAGCUGUCAUCUUCCAAUUCGAGUAUUAUCCAUUCAAAUUCUUGCCUCAGACCUGUUGAUUUAAGAUAUCAGGUGACAAUUUAGAAUUC